AAUGUCACAGCUCUCUUUGUCAUUUUUGUACAAAGAAAAUUAAAAGUGUUAUUCCGUUUAGAAUCGCAGUUUUAUCGACUUCUUCCACCGGGAAGUGCAUUCAAAGUCACAAAAGUAGAAUACGUCGUGCAACCAACUCUUAUUCAUAGAUUCAAGGAAGCCAGGCAAAAGAUUGUGAAUGUCCGAGGUGAAGACAGCUCUUACCCAGUUCUAGGUUUCCAUGGCACCAAAGAGCAGAACAUUGAGUCGAUUUGCGAGACAGGCUUUAGGGUGCCAGGAGAGAACGGUUUUGAGCAUGCUACUGACCCAGGGUGGUAUGGUAAAGGCGUAUACUUCAGUGAGUACCCAAGGUAUUCCAUGAAUUACAUCAAAGACUCAAGCAAACUGCUACUAUGCCAAGUACUGCCUGGAAAAGUCUAUCGUUGUCGAUACAUCAUACAAGGUGAAUCUCUUCGUCAGGGAUAUGACUCACAUAUGUCUCCUGAUGGUAAGGAGGUUGUUAUAUUCAACUCGCAUCACAUUCUCCCAUCUUAUAUCGUUCACUAUACAUUCUGUCACGGUGAUUUUCAGUACGAGAAGAAUGAGUAGGCAUUGCUGUUUAGGCAAUGUGGCGAGAGUUUUAGAUUUUAGACAUUAGAUUUUAGGCCAUUUGCUUUUGUUUAGGUGGCAACCUUGUCUGUACAUGUCUGUAGUGUUUAUAUCUGGAGCUUCAAGUCCUUGAAACACAUUGAAAUCCGUCGAAGAAUUUCAUAGUAUUUUUUAUUUCAACAGGUUUGAAAAUAACAAAAAUCUAAAACUGAGCCAUUCAGAAACCUUCUUUCAAUCUUCGGAAAUAUUUGGAAGUAAGACAAUGACCAAUAGUGGUCAAUGCCAUAGAAAGCUUGACGCGCUUGUGUUUAUACACUCAUCAGGCAAAAUUACAUCAAAUAUAACACUGUAGAUAAUGCAAGUUGAUAGCCAAAAUCGUCCUCUUCGCUGAUAGGUAUAAUUUUUCUCGUUUAUGCAAAUUUAGAUGCACAAAAAUCUUUUUUGCAGUAACAAACACGUAUUUGGCGUCAAGGCCGUAUAAUGGAAAGGUAUUUUGGUCUCAGGCCUAUUAUCUCUUCUCGUUACUCUAUACCAUUAUCAUUCGUAUAAUGGUCAAACUUGUUAUUAAAUUGACGAGUGUAUCUCUCUCAAUCAUUGUAAUUCAUUUGACCUGCCUUUUUCAACAUUGCUUUUUCUUAUUCUCACUUUCCAGUCUCCAAUUAAACUCCUGACAGUUUAAAAUUUUUCCUUUCACAACUAUUUUGUUAAUGUUGUCUGUUGACUUUGAUUUUAGACAUUUUAUAAAUUUAUUAAUGAUUUCGAGUGUUAUAAACAUUUUUUUAUGCUUUAGUAGAAUACGAAAAAAAUUAUUUGCCGUGAAAUUAAUGUUUGGAUUGUACUCUGUGUUCUCGAGUUUGGAUUGUACUCUGUGUUCUAGAGUUUAGGCAGCUCACACUUGGGGCUUUGAUUUAAAGCGAAAUAUUUUUUAUUGUCUGCUGCGUAGAAUUGUGUUGUGAUUUGAAUCGAUGUAUCUGAUGAUGAUAUAUUAUCAAUUGAAGAUUUAAAUCGUAGUUAACGCGUAGUUUUCUCGACCUUUGUCUUUGAAGGGAAUUGGCAAAGCAGUUUGCCUGUAUAGCCUUGUUCCGAUAUAUUCUACGAAUUUUGCAUAUCUAGAGAUAUUCAAAGGUUUUCUUUCAGGUUAUGUGGUCAAAGGUCAGAGACAUCACAAUAACUUUUUAUGACGUCAUCAGUUAAUGACGCCCGAUACUUGGAAAAUGUAUGACGCUCGUAAAAUGCCAUUAACCCCGUUUUCCUCAUGUAGGCUGCUAGCUGCAUUUGAUAUCGAGAGCUGUUAGACAAUACUCAAGUCAGGCAUGAAUCCGCAGUGGAAAAUUAUUUAUUGAACCAAACAUUAGGAACUACACUUCUGUCUUUUUCCAUUUGUGUAAAUCAGCCGUUGUUACAAAAACUUUAUUCACUUUAU